AUGAACGCCCGUCACUUCCACACCCAACGAACUGCCAUUCUCAAAGAGCUCGAAGCGAUGCGAACUUUCGAACAGAACUGUCUCCGAGGACUGCUUGAUUGCGAACACGAAUUCCAGCAGACGUCCGCCGACGUCAAUUACAGACUGACGUUCCAGAAAACUUUGAAGAAUGCCAUGACAAAUACACUGUCGAUCCUUUUCGUGAAAAGUCUCAUGGUGGAUAAGUUUAUGGAGUUGAGUGAACUGGAGAAGGAGCAGAAGAAGAAGAGGGAGGAUGAACAACUUCUGGCCAGUGAAGAAGAAGUCGACAAUUGA